AACCCUCUUUAAUAUAGCUUUUGAAAAAAAAAGUACAACAUUCUAUUGAUGAUAGAAAGCAACAAUUUAAAUAAAAAUUGUAAGUUUACAAAUGUUAUUUAAUAAUAACUAAAAAGAGCUACAAAUACAACCUUCACUAAAUAAUAAAAAACAAUUCAAUUUUAAACAACCAAACAAGAAAAAAAGUUUCAAAAACUCUAACUUUAAAGUUUCACUUGAAUAUAUAGCAUUCUUAUAUGACAAAAUUGAUUUUUUAAAAAAAAAAAAUCUUUUUUUAGGGUGCUGUUAUUGGCGCUCUAAAUAUCUCAUUGUGCCAAAUGUUUAUAUUCAUACAGAAAAAAAUUUACACGUAUAAGGAGCGCACAAGGAGAUUUUAUAGUGUUUUGAAAGCUAUUUUUUAAUAUAUAUAUAUAACAUUAUUACAUAUAAUUAUUAGAUGGCAAAAUUUUUUAAAGGUCCUUCAAAUUUAGGGCCAGUGCGAUUGCAAUUUUCACUCCCCCAAGCCGCCCUUGAGAGCAAAUUAAUAUAGAUUAAUAGUUUAACUCUUUUGACAAAAAAAGAAAAAAAGAAAAAAAAAGUUUAAAUCUCAACUAGUCACUUAAUACUACAAUCUAAUGAUAUUCCUCUUCACUUGUAAGUGAAAAGCCUUGAGUUCAAUUGUCGCCAAAUGCAAAUUUAAACCACAUUAUUGCUGACAUAUUGUGAGGUCUAACUCAUUCUCCCACCUCCUUAGUAUAGACAAUAUUGUUUGUUAGGGAAGAAAAAAAAAAAAAACCCUCAACCAUUUUAAUAAAAAGAUUAACACAAGCAAAGGAGAGAGUAACCAAGAUCCAUAUUGGAAAUUAGGCUCAGAAAUUUUAAUUUCGAAGUAAUACAAAAUAAAGCUAAUUUCACACUUCCACGUUAAAGUAGGACAACGAAAAGAUGAUAUGUAAUAGAAAAAAUAUCUAAAAACAAGAUGUUACAAACGAAAACAAAUUAAGAUCAAAUUUAUCAAAGUGGAUGGGGUGUCAAUUUGGGGUUAGAUGGAGCUCCGAUGUUUCAACAUAGGUCCCAUCUUUUUGGAGAAGAUGGCCCAUUUGUACUUUCUCUUUUAAAAGGGCAGUGAGAGAAGGACCCAACGCUUGCAAGAGCCAUCUGAAAUUCAAUUCCCAUGCAAACUCUGGAUUGAUCAGGAAAUAAAAGAAAAAAGAAAAAAAAAGUAGAGGAGCAAAUAUUUAACAAUGGGUCACCACUACUGCUGCAAACAAGGAAAGGUUAAGAGAGGGCUUUGGUCCCCUGAGGAAGAUGAAAAGCUCGUUAGAUACAUCACCACAUAUGGCCAUGGCUGUUGGAGAAAAGUUCCUGAGCAAGCUGGGCUUCAAAGGUGUGGUAAGAGCUGCCGCCUGAGAUGGCUCAAUUACUUGAGGCCUGAUAUCAAAAGAGGAGGGUUUACACCAGAGGAGGAGAAAUUGAUUGUCAGACUCAAUGGGGUUGUAGGAAACAGAUGGGCGCAUAUAGCAAAAUGUCUGCCUGGAAGAACCGACAACGAGAUAAAGAACUACUGGAAUUCAUGGAUUAAAAAGAAGCUAGAAAGGCCUUCUUCACCACCAAUCACAUCUCCCUCUAUUAUUGAUCAUCAGCACAAUUACCAAAUGGGUUGCAGUUAUCCAAAGCAGCAAGAAUUUUUGAACCAUAAUUUCAUUACAAAGCCUACAGCACCUAGGGAAAUCCUAUACCCUUCUCCAUACCCUUUAUUCAUGUUUGACGCUGAUGAGACUACCAUAAAAAGCAUUAAUGUACAAUCAGCCGAUCAGGAUUUUCCACUAGCUGUGUCAAAUAAUUCGAACAACAACGGAACAUGGAUUUUGGAUCAGCAGCAUCAUCAAGUUCAAGCCCUUCCACCUUCUACAGCAGAAUUUACAAACAAUAAUAUGGAUGCACAGUUUCUGCCAUCCCUCCUAGGGUCCAACAUUGGAAACAAUAACAUGGUUCCUAUUGCAGUGGAAUCAUGUGGAAAUAUUGAUGAGGGAGGAGAGAUUUCAAUGGAGUGCUUGCAAAAUACUACUCAGGAGCUGAACGCAUUGGUUCAUUCCCGCCAGGCUCAACAGUGUUCAUCAAACAGCUUUCAUUUUUGGGACAUUGUUGAAGGACCAUCUUCAUCUAAUUUGGGUUCAGCUAAUAUAUUAUCUUCUUUUCCAUCAUAUCAAUAA